AUGCUGCAGAUGGCAUCCCUUGUUCCCACGACCCGCGGCCGCGACAAGUUCCGUGCCAAGAGCAUCGCAGAGUCCAAGGCGUUCUACAGCGAUCCAGAUGCCGCCACGGACUCCUUGUGGGUUGCGGCCAACUACGCAUGGCAGACGACAGUGUUCCUCAGGAAUGUCACAGGGGCGCGUAUCGCCGCUGUCGCAAACCUGUACGGCAGCGAGUUCACGCCAACGAUGCAGCAGGCCGCUCAGAACGGGGAGGUGGUUGAGAUCGAUCUCACCAGUCUGCAGGGCUUCCAGCCGACGAGUGGACUGUGGAGCCCGGCGGGCCACGCGCUGCUGAGGGUGGCAAGCAACACCAAGGGGCGCAUGGACUUUGAAGGCCUCCUGAUCCGCCUUUCAAAUGCGCCGGCCGCGCCGGCCGCAGCGGCUGUGUUCAGCCCCCAGAAGAGCGCGUCUGCCUGGGUGCUCGCCUGCGCGAUCAUGCGGCAGGCCAUCUCACAGUGGAGCACGUGGAUAGGCCACGUCUACCAUCAACACACAACCACCGCCGCUGUAUCGUUUGCACUGUACGGGACUAUUGAGCCGGGCGUCCCGAUCGGUCAGGCGACCACCUUCAACCGCUUGAUGGCAGAUUUCUUUCUGGACCCCUCGUACCGCGAGCAGUUCGCCUCAGCCCUCUUCGCAGACGGCGUGACCGACUUUUGGUCGCUGCUGCCAGGCCAGCAGCUUGAGGCAACCGGCCUCGACGGCCGGGUGUUCCAGGGCAAGAAGCGCGAGCCGUUUGGCGCCUACCCGGUCGUCACAUUCCAGCGGCAGAUGAGGGCGAGCAUCGACACGUUCACCGCCAAGGUGGUGGGGCGCUACUACGCCACAGAUGCGGACGUGGCCGGGGACAGCCAGGUGCAGGCCUGGCUGGCGGCCAUGAUCGACCCCUUGGGCGGCAACCUUGGAAAGAUCAACCCGAACAACACCCUGUCCUCGCGCGCCGAGCUGGCGCGCCUGUGGGGUGACCUUAUCCAGUUGGUCCUCAUCCACGGUGUCAGCCACUUGCAGGAUUAUGGGGCCCGCUUUGGUGUCCCCUCGUCAGCACCAGCGGCACUGGGUUCUUCUGUGCUGCCUGACCCCUCCAAGUCAUACACCACUCAGGAGCUCAUGGAUUACGCCCCCUGGACGGUGAACUCCGCCGGAAAAUACGCGUUCAUGACAGCUUUCAUCGGUUCUCAGCCCUUCACCCAGUUUGUCCCCUCCAAGGGAGGCCCAACCGGCCGCCCUGCCUGGGACGCCGAGUCGCCCUUUGGCCGCGGGGACGCCAAGUCCCGCGCCGCCUCGUCCGCGCUGGUAACAUUUAGGAAAGGGCUCACAAACUUUUUGAAGGGCUUCCCUCAAGAUGACAUCAUCCGCGUGCUGAGCACAAACUGGGGGCAGCCCACCCGUCUGCCGCGCGUCAUAGACAUGUGA